CAGCAAUGCUGAGUGACAAUAACUCUGUGAAGCUGAAAAGUGAUUGUUCACCUCCUGUGCAAUGGUGUAAGGUGACUGCACAUGAAGAUGAGAAGACCAAGCUGGUUUUUAAAAGGUACUCGCAAACUUCUCGCACUGUUCGUAGUUGGAGGCUGCUUCCUUUAUAUCCUCAAAUUACAUUUUGGCCCUGAAGAAUGUGACAGAACAAAAAUGCCGUAUGUAGACCUCGAUCGUGUAAGGAGAGCACAACAGUAUGCCAGCGCUGCAUUGCAGGAAGAGUGCCGGCCUUCUUAUGUGAAGAAAGAAAUGAGGAAGUUAUUUGCGGAGAAGUAUAGCAUGGACAUAUCUCCCUUCAUAAGAAAAAAUAUAAAUGAAGAUGAAGGCUUAUUUAAAUAUGAACCUCCUUUUGGGUUCCACAAGUUCUUUGAUAAGCUUAAAAAUCUGCUUGAACUCUUACCUGAGUAUGAUUUACCAGAAUAUUUGGAGUCAAAACACUGUAAGCGUUGUGUUGUUGUUGGCAGUGGUGGAAUUCUUCAUGGGUCAGAGCUGGGUCACUUAUUGAAUAAGUUUGAUAUUGUUAUAAGGUUAAAUGAUGCACCGGUUCAAGGAUACACAGAUCAUGUUGGUAACAAAACUACUAUACGGAUGACUUACCCAGAAGGAGCCCCGCUUUCUGAACACGAGUAUCCUCCUGGUAGCUUGUUUGUGGCUGUUUUGUUUAAAAGUGUUGAUUUCAAUUGGCUUCAAGCAAUGGUAAAAAAUGAAACCUUGCCUCUGUGGGUGCGACUCUUCUUUUGGAAGGAGGUUGCUGAGAAAAUUCCUUUCACGUCAAAGCAGUUUCGGAUUCUGAAUCCAGUCAUCAUCAAAGAGACAGCUUUGGACAUUUUACAGUUCCCUGAACCUCGAUCAAAAUUCUGGGGUUGGGAUAAGAAUGUACCUACAAUUGGUGUGACAGCAGUUGUUCUGGCCACACAUUUAUGUGAUGAAGUGAGUUUAGCAGGAUUUGGAUAUGACCUCGAUCAGCCCAGCACACCUUUGCACUACUACAACAACCUCUGCAUGGCUGCCAUGAACGGACAAACUAUGCACAAUGUGACAAGCGAAACAAAAUUCCUACAAAAACUGAUCAAAGAAAAAGUUGUCAAAGACCUCACUGGUGGGAUACAUUGUGAAUUCUGCAGCAAAGACAGCUAGUGAUUGAAGUGCGGCAUGGUUUGGAUUUGUUACAUUUCCAGAGAUUCAGCUGGAACAACCUU